AUGCAUCUCCAAAUCGUAUGCCUAAAUGACGAAGUGAAGGAAAUGUACAAGAACCACAAAACACACCACGAAGGAGACAGUGGCUUGGAUCUGUGUAACUACUACUACAAGAGUAACGGGAAUAAGGAUGCACACAUCGGUAUGGGUGGUACGUGCAUGAAGGAGAGCAGUGCUCAUCAAAAAAACCCAGAGGUCGUGAACACAAGCUACUUGUUAUUUCCUCGGAGCAGCAUUUCGAAGACUCCACUACGACUAGCCAAUUCUAUAGGAUUAAUUGAUGCAGGAUACCGAGGCGAACUCAUUGCUGCUUUGGACAACACAAGUGAAGAAGAAUAUGUGAUUAAAAAGAAUGACAAGCUAGUGCAGCUUGUUUCCUUCACGGGGGAACCCCUCUCCUUUGAGUUGGUAGACGAGUUGGAUGAGACGUCCAGGGGCGAGGGCGGCUUCGGUUCGACCUCCAACAAGUAG